AUGCACAUGUUAAGGGAGCGGUCCCUGCAUGGUGACUCUAUCCCUACAUGCCUCACCACCUGUUCGGUAGUUUUCGCUUCAUCCAACCUCCACAAUAUUUUUACAAUUCAUAGAGAUGAAUUUCCAACCGUUAGAUGGGGACAGAACUCAAAGAAGUUGACGCUCCUAAUUUCCAUCCCGUUCGUCCAAGGGGAAAAGGUGGAAUUUACGGAAAGUAACAUACACCUCACUGCGUCCAACAAGCAGGGUCAGAAUUUCGAACUCAGCUUAGAUUUACUAAGACCGAUAAUCCCACAGAAAUGUUCCUACACCUCAUUGGACAGCGGGCUAAAGAUACAAAUUGAGAAACAGGUCAAGGAACCGUGCUGGAAGCGCUUGACGAAGAACGAAAAAGUGAAUUUUUUGAUAAAAGACAAAAGGCUUAGCGAUCCAACAGACUGUGAAGAGGCCAAGGAAGUCUGGCUGGGAGAAUACAUGUUUUUUAAAAGAAAAAAUAAGUCGAAAAACUCCCCAACAAGGGUGGAUGAUGCUGACCCAACAAAAAAACAGGACAUCGUGCAGGCAAGCAAAAUGGCACCAUAUGCACAUGGCCAUAGUGUCAUAUGUCAUGAUCGAACAGCAAAAGGCGGUUAA